AUGGCUCCUCCUCCGGCUCCCUCCCUUCUUGGACCACCGGCUCUCCGCCACACCAACCCUAAAACCCCACAAAAACUGCCACAAAAUCUAACCUUUCCCACUUUAACCCCCACCCUUGACCUUUUCUUUAAACCCACAGCCAAUUUGGAUCAAAAUAUAGUGACCCAUUACGUGCAACAAGCUUGGCAACAUGAACCCUUGACUGCUCUAAAACUCAUAUUUAACCUUAGUCUGGUCAACAGAGAUGUGUUCUUCUCUGCUGUCGAAUGGUUGAAGGAAAACCACCUUAACACACUGUCAUUGAAUCUCCAAAACUUUGUACGCUUUGGUUGCUUGAAUGUUCUUCCUCAACUUCUCAACAACUGGGUUCUCAAGAAAAAGGUCCGGAUGUCACGGUAUCAUCCGCCUCGGCCUUGGCCUUGGCCUUAUAGUAUGAAGAAGAAGACUGUGGAGAAGAACAACAUGGAAGGGGAUUUAAGAAAAGAUAAGCAUAUUAUUACUAUUAGGGGUAAAAGGGCUGUGAAGAUUUACAAUUCUAACUCUGAUUAUAGGUACUUAUUCGUAUGCAUUGCAGAUUUGUUUGCAAAGCUUCUUAAGUCUGAUAUUGAAUAUUUGAAGUCGGGUGAGAUUGACAAGAUCAGCAUGGCUUCAAAAUGGUGUCCUUCACUUGAUAGCUUGGAAGAUCAAAGGACCCUGCUAUGUGAAGGCAUUGCGAGGCGGGUUUUCCCACGAGAUUCUGAUCCUGAGUACAAAGAUAUUGAUGAGGCUCAUUAUGCUUAUAGGGCUCAAGACAGGCUUCAGAAUGAAAUUCUUGUUCCACUCCGGAAGGCUCUGGUGGGUGCCAAAAGGUGCGAGUCUGUGCCACCUAAACCUGCUCUAUCCGACGAUAUGAAGAAACUGUAUGCGGAAAUCUUUGAUAAAACAAUUGGAUUUUACUGUCCCGGUAGAAAUUGCGAUCUGCCCUUUUCGAAAAUUCGUGAGAACAAGUAUAAGGCUUAUCUUGAGAUUGCAACUGUGUGUGUAAAGGCAAGCGGACCCUUGCUUCCAAACGAAAUUGUGGUUGACUUAAAUAAUGGGGUUGACAGCGAAGUUGUGGAGUGUGAAUGGCAGAGACUUGUUAGGCACAUGAAAAGCAAAGGGAGACUGAAAAACUGUUUGGCAAUUUGUGACCUAUCAAAAAAUAUUGGAGCAAUGCAAAUGGAUUUAUGUGCCUCAAUGGGAGUAUUGGUUUCAGAACUCAGUGAUGAGCCUUGGAAGGGAAAGGCUAUCACUUGCAGCCACAAUCCUAUGCUUUGCAAGAUUGAAGGUGACAAUCUUCAAUCCAAGAUCAAGUUUAUGAAAGGACAAGAAUGUGAUGAUAACAUCGAUUUUAAGAUGGUGUAUGAUCUACUCUUGGAAUUUUCUAUGGCCGAAAAGUUAAGCCCAGAUAGGAUGGUGAAGACAGUUUUGGUGUUUAGCUAUGACUUUGGGGGUAAGGAGUUUAGUGAUAAGGUGCUUAGCCAUAAGGAGUUUACUGAUAAGUUGUUUAGCCAUAAGGGGUUCCAGCAGGAAGGGUAUAUGGUAUUGCCAGAGAUUAUUUUUUGCGAUCUUGGAGAUGCUUCAAUUUCUGUGGCAAGGAAGUGCGAAAGGUUGGCCCUGAUUGGAGUCUCAGUGGAAUCACUGACUGCACUGUUGGAGGGAAAUGCGCAUCCAUCUAUAGAGGAUUUAGUGAAGUUAGUAUCAACUCCAGAAGAUUUAAUGGAGUCAGCAAUUUCUGGAGAAGGUUACAAUGAUCUAAUUGUAUUUGAUUGA